AUGCCUGGCGAAAAAAGUCCCGAAGACGUCAUUCAGCGCUCCAGCUCUGAAUUCGACACACCCUCUUUGGAGGAACACAGAAAGACCCAAACAGUUGUCUCCUACAACCGCGAAGACAUUGGCAAUGCGGAUAACGUGUUGUCGACCAUACUGUCGCCCUCGGGGCGCGAGGUGAAAGUCACCGGUGACGUCGACGACGCCAUGAAGCUGGCGCUCGAAUCGCAGCGCAUUGUGAUCUCACCUGAAGAAGAUGCCCGUCUCGUGCGCAAAAUUGACCUUUACAUGUUUCCCCUCUUGUGUCUACUUUACGCAAUCCAGUUCAUGGACAAAAUUUCAAACGGUUCCGCGGCCGUCAUGGGUCUGCGUGAAGACCUAAAAAUGCAUGGCGACCAAUACUCAUGGGUCGGCUCUGCUUUCUACUUUGGCUAUCUUUUCUUCAAUAUGGGUCCGGGCCAAUAUAUAUUCCAGAAAUCCCGUUGGCUGGCAAAGACGCUGGCGGUCUUUGUUAUUAUUUGGGGAACUUUCUUGGCGCUGCACGCGGCGCCCUCCGUCACUUAUCCAACUUUCAUUCUCUUGCGUGUUUUGCUAGGCUGUGCAGAAUCGAUGGUAACUCCCACCUUCACCAUCAUAACUUCCCAAUACUGGAAAAAAGAAGAACAGUUUAUGCGAGUCUGCCUGUGGUUUGGCUUCAAUGGUCUCGGUGGCAUCUGGGCUAAUGCUUUAGCAUAUGGACUCUACACCAGACAACAAACUUACUCCAUGGAGGCGUGGAGAAUUCUCUUCAUCGUUACCGGCAUCAUCACAAUAGUUGUUGGUUUUGCAAUCUUCUUCCACAUUCCAGAUGAUCCUUCUAAGGCCUGGUUCUUAUCAGAACGUGAAAAAUUCAUGGUUGUUGAAAGGAUCAGAUCCAAUCAACAAGGUUUUGGUAACCACCACAUCAAGUGGUACCAAGUCAAAGAAGCAUUCACAGAUGUCAGGACCUGGCUGUAUUUUAUAUUUUCCGUGGGUUCUAACAUACCCAAUGGUGGGUUAACCAACUUUAUGAACAUAUUGAUUAAAAACGAUUUCGGCUACAGCACCUCACAGUCUUUGCUUAUGACCAUGCCCACCGGUGCUGUUGAGCUUGUCGUUUGUCCACUAUUUGGUUACUUAUCUGUGAUAAGUGCUAAGAGAAAGGUUCCAUUUUUACAGUACAGGUUGAGUUGGGCUAUAAUUUCUGCCUUAAUCAGUGUUCUCGCUACAUGUCUAUUGGCUUUUGCAAACAGUUCCCCUAAGACCAAACUAGCAGGCGCCUACUUAUUAUAUGUCAGUCCCAUCUCUUUCAUCUGUGUCUUGUCCAUUAUUAGUUCAAAUACUUUGGGGUUCAGUAAGAAAUGGACAGUGUCCUCUAUCAAUUUGGUGUCCUAUGCAGCUGCCAACUUGGCAGGCCCACAAACUUUCAUCGCAACCCAAGCUCCUAGUUACACGGGUGCGAAGAUCGCCAUGUUGGUGUGUUACGCAGGCACUGUUGUGGUUUUAGCCAUUUUGUUUGUUAUUAAUUACAGAGAGAAUUUGAAAAGAGACCAAAUUCAAGCUGAGAGAGGACCAGACGAUAUAAUCAUAGAAAAUUUGGAAUUCGCGGACUUAACCGAUAAGGAAAACCCUAACUUUAGGUACGCUCUUUGA